GGCAGAUCGGCGGAGGGAGGGAGGAAGGAGGAAGAUGAUGGGGGGACGAGGGGGGGCAGGAAGUGGAGGAGGAGGGGGGCGGCGGCAGGAGCGGCAGGCGCUGAUGGUGGCGUUCGCGGUGGCGCUGCUGAUGGGCACCGCCGUCUACUUCCGCAUCUGGGCGCGCCAGUCCGACGACCCCUCCUUCACCGCCGACGACCGCGAGGAGCUCCGGAGGCAGUUUGAGCAUGCUAACCUAGAGGCAAUGGAUGAAUCCGCUGAAUGGAGAAUGAAAUACGACACGGAAUUGGCGAAAAACAGGGACCUGCAAGAUGAACUUUUAAAGGUCAAGACCUCACUGUCUGAUUCAACCAAGAGAUUUGAAGAGUUGCAAAAGGAUAAUGAGAUGUUGAAGAGGCAGACUGAAUCCAUGAAACUGGAGUGCAAUUGCACCGUUCCAUUGAAUAUUACUCAGGAAUAAUGACGUUUCACUGGCAGAUUAGCACUAGUUUCCUUUCAUUUUUCUUAUUAUUGGAGUGAGGACAGAUAGAGUGAGCAGCUUUGUAAUAGUAGAUAUGGUGACUGCAGCAAAGAAACUUGUGUUUGCAAUUGUUAAUGACCUAUACACCCGGGCACAAUUUUUGAAGUAAUCACUUGUGAGUAGCAAUGGAUAAGUGUGUUUUCAGUGUACAUUUUUGAAGAGAAGUUUUGUGCUGGAUUUGAGAAAAUUGCUUGUCAGCUGUACAUAUGCAGUGUAGUGUUGGUUAUAUCAAAUUCCUUUGGUGUAUGUUUCAAAAGUAAAAAAUCUUGGCUGUGGACAUUCCUUUUCUUCUUGAACCUGCCAAUCCACCUGAUUACACAGGGUGGGCCUAAAAGGCGGCAUAUUAAGGUCUGUAGACCACUGUAUGUUUUCAUUCUCUUGUGGGGAAUCAAACAGAGGCCUGUCUUGCUCUUCUUGUCUCUGACCAGUUAUCACUUGCUGUGAAAUUCUCUUCAAGUGUUCUGGUUACAUAAACCUAUUCAGGUUAUAAAUAUACAGUGCAACAGUUGCCAAAUCCAAAA